AUGGAGUCUGAAUAUUUCGACUGGGUGGCGGAUUUUGAAUUACCGGUGAAGCUCGCCAAGACCUCUACCCCUACUCGAUGGCAGAUGGGCCGUAUAACGAAGGUAAAGGUACGCGUCCAUGAGGACUACGAGUACGGGACUAUCCGGGAGGCCACGGGUGUUUGCAGCGCCAUCCAGAUUGAAGGGCCCUCUCCGGGGCAAGAAGCCAUUGCGAAGGUCAAACUACAGCUAUCGCCUUGGGAUGAUCCCACUGUUGAUGCCAUAAGCAUGGAAGCAAUCAGAGAGAUGGAUAACCUGGCAAAGCUAACGGAUGUGCACUGCUCAUCUACACCGGCCUUUAUUGGCAGAGCUCAUUGUGUCCAGGGUGAUGAUCUUUAUAUUCCCGGUGGAUAUAUUGUAUUUAUCUUAAUGGAAAGGCUGCCCGGUCGGGAUCUGGGAUGCUUCCAUGAGUUGUCUUUGGAGGAACGAGAUGAAGUACGGAUUGCGUUUUUGAAAGCAUUGUGGGAGUUUCACCGGCACGGAUUUGAUCAUUGGGAUCCUCGCAGGGAGAAUAUCAUGUGGGAUAACGCUGCUCGGAAAUGUUAUAUUCUCGACCUUGAAGAUGCCGAGGAUCUUGAGAUCAAAGGCAUGGGAACGGAUCCUCUCUACGAGCUGUCCGCGUGGGAUCUGCAUGGAAAAGCAUCACGGCCCGCGUAUGAUCAUGUUGACGAUGAUCCAAUGAUACCGCCUGAACGCAAGGGAGGGUGGACAUUCUAUGACAGGGAAGAAAUGUUGGCUAUGUUGAUGCGUAGAGUCACACAGUAG